UCAUAAAACUGUAUAUAUACUCACCAGAUCAGGGCCAACUCCAAAAAGCAUAAUACAAGCUCCAGCGCAAACACUGACACCAAAAAUGAGGAAGGCUCUGGUUCUCGUCUUUGUUCUCUCCGUUCUCGGAGUUAACCAUGUAUCGUCUCAAACAAACAACAACAUGAACUUGUUGGCGACUUUAGCCAUUGGAGGAGUCGCCGGCUGGGCUUUGAACAGACACGUGGAGAGAAACAGACGACAGGACGCCAUCAAUGACUAUCUUCUGCAGGGCUCUUUUGGCGGCGGUUUCCGGGAUCCUUAUUACGGAGGACGUUUUGGGGGAGGCUUUGGUAGUGGUUUUGGGGGAGCACCAUGGUACGGAUCCAGAAGAAGGGGAAUCUUUUAAAUUUAAAAAAGAAUUUAACAACGUCCACACAAGUAUUCGAUCCGGCCAAUAAAGACCAAGGAAUUCGUGAAUAUGAGCAGAAUGGCGUGGCGGUCUUUAUCACGUGACUAAGAUGCACGGCCACAUUAUUGGCAAUAAGAAAAGUGAUGAAUGGAUGGACAGAGAGAGUGGACCAAAUCGUGACCCAUUACGUCCAAAAGCAAAAAUAACCUCAUACAUUUUCAUGAAAUACUCUUUUCCAUAUUGUGAGUGAUAUAUCUUGUUAUUUAUAUAAUGUACAGCUACUUUGUGCGUGUUUUAUUAAAUAUUUUAUAUAUGGGCAUUUACUGUAUAUAUUGACAUUUUUAUAGACUGUAUUUAUUUUUAUUUGUGAUGAUUAUUAAAAUUUAAAAAUUGAA